AUGGAAGCCUCUCCCUUGACCCAGCAGGCCAGACCCGAGAUCUUCAAGCCGAAGAUCGUCCAGCUGUACGAGAACCUGUUCAAGUCCCCCGACGACAGUGAGCCCUCUGAGGGCUUCUGGCGGGAAUUCUUCCUCUUGCCGCCAGACCGUGCGCGGCUGCACGCCCUGCUGGACGCGUUGAGCCCGGACGACAUAUUAGGCGUACAGGCGCAAACGCAGAAUCUCUUUGCCCGCGCGGUGCGCGAGGCAGCAUCUGGGGUCUCGCCAGCAGACGCGUAUGCGCUCGAUACACUGUCGGUCUUCUUGACCAGCGUGCUGAGCAAAAAAUACACCAAUCCCAGCUCGGACGUCAUCACCGUCCUUGCAGGUCUGGAUGCAGUGGACCGGGUCAUCCCCGAAUUCGUGGCUGUCCUAGACCGGAUCAUCCGUAAUGGGGGCGGAUUUGACCUCCGUCUCAAGGCCAUCAAGGCCGCGAUUGCAAUGACCAGCGGAGCAUACAAGACCAGUCUCGUUUCGUAUUUCACGCACCGAGAUCUGUUCCCGUCAUUGAUGAAGUAUGUUCAUGAAUCUGAUACCCAUCUGCAAAUAUUCGACCCGUUUCUUCUGCUCGGGCUGCUGGCGAACUACAACAAGUUCGAGUUCCAAAACCCCUACCAGCUCCGGCUGGAUGACUUUGUCAAUGAGUCCAGCAUCCAAAAGAUUGUCAAGGGGGUCGGCCUGGCAUGCGCGGGUCUGCGAAAUGGUUAUGUCGCUGUGCAAGACGAUGUCCCGGAAGGCUGGACCUUGACGAGCACGUUGGUCUUCUUCGGCUUGCGCGCCCUGGCUCCCGGUGCACGGGACAAGGCCAACCCGCCAACUGCGGAAGAGGCGAAAGGCAUGUUUGCGGCGCUUCCCGCGCAAGAGGCUGCCAUCUUGCUGCCCACGUACGACUUCACCAACUCGAACAAGCUCUUCGGGUAUCAUCUCGUUCAUCUGCCGGCAGAGAAGAGCAACGAAGAAUCUCCUCUGUCUAGUUUCCUCUCUGUGUCCUCCUAUAUUCUGCAACACGCAUACCGCUCCGUCCGGUGUUCGCACUACGCCGAGCUGAACCUGUUCACUCUUCGCAUCCUCGUCGAGGACCCGACUCUCUGCAAGCACAUUUGCAGCGAGGAGGGCAAGCGCCGCGUGCGGCUAUGUCGACAGAGACAGCCAUACUUACCGCUUGUCAACGGGGACCGAGUCGUCGCCACAGUCAUCUUCGAUAUUAUGAUCGAUACCAUCUCGCACAACCUGCGCCGACGGCUAGACGUCAACAUCUACAGCCAUGCUAUCGCAAUCACCCUCCGCCUACUAACCUACCUCUCCGUGAACAAAAUCCGCCUCACAUACCACUGGUCGGAGCUCUGGCGCACUUUACUCUCCCUCAUGCGCUUCCUAACCACCUACGCGGCCGACCUCUCUACCAACCCGCGCACGCAAACCCUAACCACCUCGCUCGCCGAUCUAAUCGCCUUCUGCGUCUCCGGCGGCGACACCUUCCUCCCCGACCCAGCCUCCUAUGACGACCUGUUUUACAAGCUCGUAGAAACGGGGCCCAUCCUCGCGAAAUUCCGCCGUGUCUUCAACUCCCCCUCUUCUUCCAAUACUUCCGUAUCCAAACCAGCCGAUGCAGCAGCUGCUGCAAUAGUCUCAACACCAGACACACAACCCCGCCUCGCAUCAAUCGACACUCUCCUCUCCGUCUCAACGCACUUCUACACUCUACUCUUUCACUCAGACGGCGGCGCAGACCCUACCGCCACACCGGCCACUCCUGUUGUCCCAGCAUCUGCAUCUGAUAGUCCAAACCCCGACGUCGAUCCUACCCCCGUUGCGCUGCCUUCAAUCAAAAAGAAGAAUCUCAGCCCGCGCGAGGUCCAUCGCAUUAUCAAGCAGGGGUACGAUACGCUGAGCAUCCAGCCGCCAGAGGGAUUGAGUGCUUGGGCGAAGUGGCGCGAGACCGAGUGGAAGGGGGAGUUGAAGCGUGGGGCUAGGGUUGCGGUUGAGGAUGCGAGGAUGUUGGUUUCUUGA